AUGCAAUCCACAUAUUCUUCUCCACCUAAUUUUACCACAAACGAUGACCUCCAAAUCUAUUGUUAUUGUAAUAAAUUAGUUAAUAAAAAAGUUGCCGGGAUGAACGCUAAAAAUCCUGGAAGAGCUUAUUAUGCAUGUUGUAACGAUAGACAUAGACAAUGUUCAUUUUUUCAGUUCACUAAUGGAACUAAUGGAACGUUUGGUACAACUUAUAUUCCUACACCGAACUCAUUUCCAACCUUUUCUACAUUAAAUGAUAAUAUUCAUAACACACCUACCAGAAUAUCUAAUAACAGUCCUCCAAUUUAUAAUUCAUCGAUUCAUUUAUCUUCCCCUACAAAUUCAUUUCCUUCAUGUAGUACUUCAAAUAAACCAAAAAGUAAUACAUACGAAACAAUUGAUAAUAUUCAUAGUAUUAACAGUAAACUAGAACAACAACUUAAAGCCCAAAAAAAACGAGUCGCUUUUUUACUCAGUGAACGAAAAAAUUUCGAGGACGAGAAUGCGGAAUUAAAAAGUCAUAUUCAGUCCUUAGAAUAUGAGAAUAAUCAAAUGAUUUCACAAAUUGGACUAUCAAUUUCCAAUAGCAACAAUGGCGAAAUCGAAGAGUUAAAUCAACAAAUAAAAGAUUUAAAAAGUCAAAAUGCUGAAUUACAAUUGAAUCUUGAAAGUAUUAAAAACGAUCUUACAAAAGAUCAAGAAAUUGAAUCUUUGAAACGACAAAUCCAAUUAUUGGAAAGUAAUAAAAAUUCAUUGGCAAAUAGUACAGAAGAAGUGAUUAAACUUAGAAAUAAAUUGGAAUUGAGUAACAAAAAAAUCACUAAUUAUGAACGUGAAAUAGAAAAAUUGAUAAAGUCAAAUAAAGACAAAGAACUGGAAUUAGAGAAACAAAGAAAAAAUUCGGAUGAAGACAUAUUACGUCAAAUUGAAGAAUUAAAAGAUAAUUAUAAAAAUCUCGAAAAACAUAAUUUAAAUUUAUCAGAAACCAAUAAAAUAUUGCAAGAAAAAGAAUUUUUAGAAAAAAAAGUAAAAGCAUUGGAAGAAGAUUUGGAGGAGAGUAAAAAAGGGUAA